AUGUUGGUACGUGGACUCCUCUCCCACUGGCCAGAGCAGCUGACCCAGGAGGGGCUGGCAGGGUGUGGCGAAAGACCUGUUUUCGAGGGGAAAACUCGGUACUCCCGGAUUGUCGGGGGGCUGGAGGCUGAGGUGGGGGAGUUCCCGUGGCAGGUAAGUAUUCAGGCGAGAAACCAGCACCUGUGCGGCGGCUCUAUCAUCAGCGCCUGGUGGGUCCUCACGGCCGCUCACUGCGUCAAUUCUCAGGACAUAUUCCCAGUGGAGCUGAGCAUCGUCGUGGGAACAACCAACCUGAUGAGCCCAUCCAUGGAGGUGAAGGAGAUCGCCAGCAUCAUUCUCCACAAGGACUUCCAAAAAGACACCAUGGACAACGACAUCGCCCUGCUGCUGCUCACCUCGCCCAUCCAGUUCAACGAGGCGGUGGUGCCCAUCUGCCUGCCCCCGCAGCCGGUCCCCGCCCGCUGGCACAAGUGCUGGGUAGCAGGGUGGGGCCAGACCAAGCCAAAGGACAAAACGUCCAUGACGGCCGAGCUGAUGAAAGUGCCCAUGGUCAUUGGAGACUGGAAGAAGUGUGUGGCCGUGUUCCCAAAGCUCACCAAGAACAUGCUGUGUGCCGGGUACGGGAACUCCAGCUACGACGCGUGCCAGGGCGACAGUGGAGGGCCCCUGGUCUGCACCGCGGAGCCCGGGAGUCAGUGGUACCAGGUGGGCAUCAUCAGCUGGGGCAAGAGCUGUGGACAGAAGGACACCCCUGGAAUAUACACCUCGCUGGCCAACUACAACCUCUGGAUCCAGACCCUGACCCAGAUGGAAGGCAAGCCCCUUAACACCGAGAAAAAGAUAACCCUUCCGGAGCAGCAGCCACAGCGCACCGAGGCCUCGGGGGGCCGCGCAGCCCGCAGCCCGCCACGCUGGCUUCUGCUCUGCCUUCUGCCCCCCGUGCUGCUCAGAGGCAUUUCCACCUGGGAAUAAAGCGUGCAGGUUCUGUGA